AUGUCCACCACGAUGAGAUUACCAGGCCACCUAUCCAAGGGCAUCUCCAUGGCGGCGACCCAUGACCAACUGCCGUCGUCCCGACAUAGCCUCGUGGGCAGGAACCCCUAUUGGCUCCCCCUCGAGGCACCACGCUGCCGCCACCGCAAGCAACCCAUGGAAGCGGGGCCGGCGGCCAAGCGGAGCAGGUCGGAGCACCACCACGGCGCCGGCGACGCGCCGUCCUUCAAGAUGGAGGACCUGCCCGUGGAUGUUCAAGCUGUUAUAAUGUCGCUUCUGCCACUGAAAAUGGCUGUGAGGACAAGCAUUGUUUCAAAAAAUUGGAGAAUGCUCUGGACAUUCUGCUGUAAUUUAUCUUUUAAAGGCCCACGUUAUCUGUGUGAGAAUGAUACCAAAAUACAACAAGCGAAAUGCAUUGAGACAGUAAAUUGUGUUAUUCAGCAGCAUAGUCAGAUAGGGAUCAAUAAGUUCAGCAUCAAAUGUGGCCUGUUCGAGGAGGACUCUGUUCAUCUCGGCAGGUGGAUUCGGUUUGCCGCCUCAUCGAAGGCAAAGAUAAUACAUCUUGAUCUGAGGUUCAAGGAUGUGUUUGAAGAAGUAAACCACUUGCAUCUUGAGGCCUUAUUAGAUGCUCAAGGUAGCUCAUUUGUACGGUCCUUGUUUCUUGGAGGUGUUGUUAUAAAGCCACACUCAGCAAUAUGUGGCUUUACAAUACUCAGAAGGCUUGUUCUGCAAUCAGUCACGAUAUCCGGAGACUUUACAGGCUUUUUGGCAAAUUGUGCAGCACUUGAGGACCUAGAGAUGAUCGAGUGCUCCGGUUUAACUGAUUUAAUCAUACCACAGCAACUUGAUAAACUCCAGCAUUUGCUAAUUGAUGGAACGGAAGUGGAGAUGGUCGAGUUUUAUGCUGCAGAUCUUUCUCAUUUUGAGUACAAAGGGCAAGUGGUCCCCAUAGUGCAUCAUGGUUGCUCAAAAUUAGAGAAGGCAACAAUAAUGUUUAGUGGCAAGAAAGGACUGGCCAAGGCAUUCACUGCAGUUCCAAGCAUUUUGCCAGUGAAGAUAUUAAAUGUGCAAUCUGUUGCUCUAUCAAAAUAUUCACAGUUGCAGAAACUGCCAACAAGACCUGACGGAAUGUUUAUGCAUUUGAGGCACAUGACUUGUAGAAUAAUUGUCCAUUCAAGACCACAAGAAGCCAAUUACGACAUUGAAGUUCUUCAAAUGGCCUAUUGUUUGGAUGCUGCACCCCAACUGGAGACAUUGCAAUUGAAUAUGUUCUAUAUGUCAUCCAGUGGUGUGUGCAGUGCUGAGGUGGUGGGUAUGCGCCGGCAUGAUCAUCUCAAGACGGUCUUCAUGAGUGGAUUUCGCUGUUACAAGGCUCAGAUUAAGCUGGCGUGUUGUAUCUUGGAAAAUGCUUCUGUUCUUGAGAAACUGACAAUAGAACCAAGGAUCACAGGCGUAAGAUAUCUGGAUGAUAAUACCGACCUGCACAAAAUUUUACCGGGGGUCUGUGAGUGGGCGCAACUUACCUCCGAGCGUUUCGAUAAGCAAUGGAUGCUUCUUCGGCCCAGCAAGACGAAGGAUCUCUUCAGCACCACCACUAGCGAGUGCCGUCAUCGCCUCUGGAUUAUUAGGAGUAGAUCUUUGUGGGAUGCUAUCUUGCUCAAGUUUCUGUAA